GGGGCGGUGGUUUCCGGGGGCGGGGGCGGCGACCCGCGCCUAUAGGCUCCCCGGGCCCCGACCGCGGGAUCCUGGCCCGGCCGGGGUAGGCUCCGAACCGCGCCGACACUCCGGGCCGAGCCGAGCCGAGCCGAGCCGCGUCCUCCGCCGCGUCCCGCCGCGCGCACCUGCCGCCCGCACCUGCCGCCCGCACCUGCCGCGCUCACCUGCCGCCCAGCGCGCCUCAGGCCGGCCUCAGCAUGACCGACCAGGCGGCCUUCGACACGGAUAUCGUCACCCUGACCCGCUUCGUCAUGGAGGAGGGCAGGAAGGCCCGCGGCACCGGAGAGAUGACCCAGCUGCUCAACUCGCUCUGCACCGCCGUCAAAGCCAUUUCCACGGCCGUGCGCAAGGCGGGCAUUGCGCACCUCUAUGGGAUUGCUGGCUCUACCAAUGUGACUGGUGAUCAAGUGAAGAAGCUGGAUGUCCUCUCCAAUGACCUGGUUGUUAACGUGUUAAAGUCAUCCUUUGCCACCUGUGUUCUUGUGUCAGAAGAAGAUAAGCACGCAAUCAUAGUAGAGCCCGAGAAAAGGGGUAAAUAUGUGGUCUGUUUUGAUCCCCUUGAUGGAUCUUCCAAUAUUGACUGCCUUGCAUCCAUUGGAACAAUUUUUGGCAUCUACAAAAAGAAUUCAACUGAUGAGCCUUCUGAGAAGGAUGCUUUGCAGCCAGGCAGGAACCUGGUAGCUGCUGGCUAUGCCCUGUACGGCAGUGCCACCAUGUUGGUCCUGGCUAUGGUGAAUGGCGUCAACUGCUUCAUGCUGGACCCGGCCAUUGGAGAGUUCAUUUUGGUGGACAGGGAUGUGAAAAUCAAGAAGAAAGGGAACAUCUACAGCCUCAACGAGGGCUAUGCCAGGGAGUUCGAGCCCGCCGUCACCGAGUACAUCCAGAGGAAGAAGUUCCCCCCGGAUAACACAGCCCCUUAUGGGGCCAGGUACGUGGGCUCCAUGGUGGCUGAUGUCCACCGCACCCUGGUCUAUGGAGGGAUCUUCCUGUACCCAGCGAACAAGAAGAGCCCCAAGGGAAAGUUGAGACUCCUAUAUGAAUGUAACCCAAUGGCCUACAUCAUGGAGAAGGCAGGAGGAUUGGCUACCACUGGAAAGGAAGCCAUCCUAGACAUCGUUCCCACUGACAUCCACCAGAGGGCACCAGUGAUCUUGGGGUCACCUGAAGAUGUGAAGGAGUUCCUGGACAUCUAUAAGAAGCAUGCUGCCAAAUGAGGAACUGGCCUUGCCCUGCACCAAAAAGAAUUACCAUUUAUCUGGACCUUUUAUCUCAUAGGGUGCUACCUCUUUCUGACUGUGCAUCACACAUUCCCAGACAGCAGAAAUAAAAAACAUGGAUAAUUUCACCAUCAAA